CAAAGAUGACGUAGCUCAUGGUGUCAACAGGAUGAGCUAUAAACAGCCUGUAACUCAGGCAACUCCACACUAAUUGAACAUUCUUUUUAUAUCUAACUUCUAUUCAAAUUGUAAAUGUAGAGACAGCCCUGGGUGUAGCUAUGAAAUUGCUAUUUCUUGCAUGCCUCAGUCCAAAAACGGGAAACUGUACCACAGCCGAGAGAAUAAGGGCACACAUUGAAUCAGCGGGUCACACCUGUGAGCUUCGUGAUGCUGCGGAUUUCAAGUCAUCGGCAGAGGUGGCCAGUUUGAUAGAACAGAAGCCACCCUUCGAGGGUGCUAUUGCCAUUCACCUGUUCAAAGGAGGCAGGCUCCUUCUAGAUACUCAAGUGCCCUUUGGAGUAGUCUUCGGAGGAACAGACAUUAAUGAAGAUGUGAAAGUGGAGCAGAAGCGUGCAGUUAUGGAGCAGGUGUUGCUGAAAGCCAGAUUUGCUGUUGCAUUUACUGACAAGCUGAAAGCAGAGGCUGAAGUAUUUCUGCUGUCCCAAAGCAGCAAAAUCUACGUCCAGCCUCAAGGGAUCAAGACUGAGGCGGCUCAGAGUUUCUGCUGGAGUGAAUUUCUAAGGCGCUCAGGUGUGAGUGGGGAGGAUGUGGAGGACCUGCAUGUGUUCCUACUAGUCUGUGGCCUGAGGAGAGUGAAGGAUCCUCUCUAUCUGCUGGAGGCAUUCUCAGAGUGGCACACUGAGAAUCCCCUGGUAGUGCUCAUCAUCAUCGGGCCUAAGAUUGAUCCUGUGUUUACUGAAGAAGUAGAAGCAAUCAGUAAAAGGUCAGCAGGGGUUUACCUGGCCCAGGAGAGAAGCCAAGAGGAGCUCCAUGCUGCUAUGAGGAGGUCAGCUGCCCUGGUUAACAGUUCAGUCUCCGAGGGGAUGUCCGCUGCCAUUUUAGAGGCAAUGGAUCUGGAGGUACCGGUGGUGGCUCGUGACAUCCCAGGCAACACAGCGGUGGUGCAACAUGAGGUCACUGGUCUGCUCUACUCGUCCCCCCAGGAAUUUGUGCGUGUAUCUCAGAGGCUGCUGGUAGAUGGAGAGCUGCGGGAGCGUGUGGUGGCGAACGGGAAGCGCUACGUUGAGGAGCACCACAGCCUGGACCAUGAGAGGGAGGCCUACCAGAGGCUGGUGGACACACUGCACUAAGGCUGCACAGAAUAACCAGGUCCUCUGUCUCAACCUUACUUUCUCUCAGGAACAACUCCAAGGGCUCUAUUCAAUCUGUAUACGAUUCAUCGAUACAGAUUGAAUAGAGCCCUAAGUUAGUGACACAGACGGAACUACACAAGCAGAAGAUACAAAUCCAUAUCCAAUUUGGGUUAGUGCUAUCCUGGAUCCUUGGGACAUACCUACCCUAACUUUAACCGUUACCUAGCCAUAACAUUUACCCUAACCCUAACCCUUACCUUAAAGAGCCACUGAACACGCCGAUUGGCACAUGUUUUUCUGUUGCUCAUUAGAAAAACAAGAUUUCAGUCUUGGAGGUAUGUUUCCUGACCGAUUCAGUUUGGUUAAUGAUCCUCGUCCCUCAUGAGACAUUUCCUCAAAAUCCCCAGAAUGAAUCUAAGAUAACUCCAGAAAUCUUUCAUUCAUUUUGACGUUUUUUCCCGAGGAUGUUUUAGUUGUGCAAUUUUACAUCUAACUAAGGUGUUUGGUGCAGUCUUAAAUAAAAAAUAAAAUGGGCAAUGUGUUGUCUCAUGUAAACAAAGUCGGAGCCGCUGGGCAGGUCUGUCUCACUGUCUAUGCUAUUGGAUAGAGAGCAUUCGCCGUAGCAGUUCACCCCAUAUUAAUGGAAAAAUGGGCAUCGUCAAAUCAAAACCCAACCUCCAACCGUUUUGAUGCAUGGAUGUUCCAGACGUUGUUUUAGACGAGACUGACCUGAUGGCCAAAAUGAUCCUAUUUAUUCUUUUUAUUUGAUUUUGACACUAGAAUAACUGCUUCUGACUCAUAUCGAUGCCAUGUUUUUAAAGGGAUUUGUUGCUUUUUAAAGGCAGUCGCUCUUUAACCAUUUUACAUUUAAACUUCAAUGAGGUUGGGAUGUUCCAAAGAUCCCGGAUAGCAAGGACCAUCCAGUUUGUCUACAAAUUAAUAAUUGAUAUGUUGGCUUCACGUCCAGACAUCAACAAAACAUCUAUGUUUAAAUAAUACUAUUAAAUCUAAUCAAACUUGAAAUGCACUUUAAACAAAGUUUGAUUUGAUUUAGUCAUUUACAUUUCAGUCAUUUAGCAGAUGCUCUAAUCCAGAGUGGCUUCCAGUUGGUGCAUUCAUCGUAAGAUAGCUGGGUGGGACAACCACAUAUCACAGUCAUAGUAAGUCGAUGUUGCUCAAUAAAGUAGCUAUCAGCAAAAUAAGUGCUACUUAAAAAAAAAAAAGGAAAACAUUCAAACUUUUUAGUAUUUUUGGUUGAGAUGGAGGCGUGAAUCCAAAAUGUUAAUGAUUAACUUGAAGAUGACAUUUGAAAUCAACCAAAGCUUGAAACCCUAGGCCUAUAUGUGUAGUCUAUUUUUUGUUGAACCCUGGGUUGAAUUGAAACAAUAUCUGUUGAUGACUGCUAUACGUAUUGGCCCAAAUAGUAUCAUUGAUGCAUUUCAUUUACUCUGUUAAACCUACCCUUUGGAAUGACUUCGAUAACAACAGUGGAUAUAUGUAAUUAUUAAGAGAUCUCAACAAUCAUUCUCACGAUAGCAUAUUGGUAGUAGUCAGUGACAUAUCACAGCUAAGCAGGGCAGAGCUUGGUUAAAACCCUGGAUUGGAGACCAAAUUAAUAGCUAUAGAUAGAUCAACUCUCCAGUAAGAGGUCCUGCCCAGGCUAUAGUUCUUUUUCUGAUAGUGGAUAUAAUGUUGAAUAUCUGACAAAUUCAACAUAUUUUAUACACGGUUUGUGGAUGUUGAAAAUUGGUAACAAUGAUGACAUAGUCCUGUGGUUGAAAUUCCACCCUCAAAACAACUGUUUACAUAUUACUUUUUUCAAAUCCAUGUAUUUUCCACAUAGAUUCCAUGUCACAAUACACAUUACCUUGAAACAACAUUGAUGCAACCAGUUUGUGCCCAGUGGGAAAGGCCUAAAGACGUGCUUGCGUCCAUAAAGGGAUAAAUAGCUUUAAUGAUCAGGUAUCAUUUCUGAAUUUUUUACAAGUCUUUUCUAGCUCUCAAGCUUUAAAGGCAGACUCAGCGUAAUGACGUUGCCACGAGCAACACCGCAGAUAUUGAGAUGAGCGAUGCAAGACUUCGCUCUCACACAGUCACACCCCACUGGGCACACACUGGUUCAAUCAACGUUGUUUCCACUUAAUUUCAAUUAAAUUACGUUAUACAAACGUGGAAUAGAUGUUGAAUUGACGUGUGUGCGACACAGUAUCUGCAGUACCACGCUGUUGCACCGUGGUAGCCAGGGCUCCAAAACAGUGGAGAAGUUGAGCCUCGCGCUUCGACGCUCUUAGUUGUUGAGGAAAUUGACCCACUGUGCUGUUUACUUUCGGCGUCUAUGUCAUAUCGCUGAGUCUACCUUUAAUUCUAUGCGGACCAAUCUACGCAGCACAAUUGAACUUGAUUAGCGAAAUGUACUUUUCAGUGCUAGAGGUGGAGGUUACUUUAAUUCAAAGCACAGAUGUAGUCUUAUUGAAUGAAUGGUGAAUUGGUGUCCAAUAAAAGAAGUGCUGUGCUGUUACUCUGUCAUGUUUACUCUACUUAUUAUCUAUUAUUUCCAAACAGCCUACAGAAAACCUUUUUGAAAUUGAUUAAUUAAAUUUUUUAAUGAAAGUUGAUCAAUGAAAAAUAUGUAUAUGCUGUUUAUUUAUGUAUAAUUUUCAAUAAAAUAUUGUUAAAUUGUG